AUGAACUUACCUUUCUUCUCAUUCUUUCUCUUCCUUGUUUCCUUUUACUUCAUUAUUGCAAAUGGGGUUUGUCAAUUCGAACAGAACAAGAUUUUCAAACUGCAAAUGUUGCAGAGGAAACACCAAUUUGGUCCCAAAGGUUGCUUCCUCCCAGAAUCAAGAAAGGAGAAAGGAGCCAUUAUACUGGAAAUGAAGGAUAGAGGAUAUUGCUCAGAGAGGAAAAUUAACUGGAACAGAAAGCUUCAGAAACAGUUAAUAUUAGAUAAUCUUCGAGUUCGUUUGAUGCAAAACAGGAUUCGAACAAAGGUCUCUAGCCAUGGUUUAGGACAAUCUUCAGAAAUCCAAAUUCCAUUAGCUUCUGGUAUAAAUUUGGAAACUUUGAACUACAUUGUGACAUUGGGAUUGGGUAAUCAGAACAUGACUGUGAUAAUCGAUACCGGAAGUGACUUAACAUGGGUUCAAUGUGAUCCUUGUUUGUCAUGUUAUAAUCAACAAGGACCUGUUUUCAACCCUUCUAAUUCCUCUUCCUAUAAAUCAUUACUAUGCAAUUCAUCAACAUGUCAAAAUCUUCAACUUACUACAGGGAAUACAGAAGUAUGUGAAAGUAGUAAUCCAUCAAGUUGUAACUAUGCUGUUAACUAUGGUGAUGGAUCAUUUACGGAUGGAGAGCUAGGUGUUGAGCACAUUAGUUUUGGAGGUAUUUCGGUGAGUAAUUUUGUUUUUGGUUGUGGUAGGAACAACAAAGGUUUGUUUGGUGGAGUUUCGGGUCUAAUGGGAUUAGGAAGAAGUAAUCUUUCAUUGAUAUCUCAAACCAAUACUACAUUUGGAGGAGUUUUCUCCUACUGUUUACCAACAACAGAAAAUGGAGCUUCUGGUUCAUUAGUUAUAGGUAACGAGUCGUCGGUUUUCAAGAACCUUACUCCAAUUGCUUAUACCAAUAUGGUUUCGAAUCCACAGUUAUCAAACUUUUAUAUACUCAAUCUCACCGGCAUAGAUGUCGGCGGUGUGGCUCUAGAAGAUACAAGCUUCGGCAACGGAGGCGUUCUGAUUGAUUCGGGGACGGUGAUCACUAGACUAGCACCAUCUGUUUAUAAUGCUUUGAAGACAGAGUUUUUGAAACAGUUUUCUGGUUACCCUUUUGCACCGGGGCUUUCAAUUUUGGAUACCUGUUUUAAUCUAACUGGUAUUGAGGAAGUUAGCAUACCUACCCUAAGUAUGCAUUUUGAGGACAAUGUUGAUCUGAAUGUGGAUGCAGCUGGUAUUCUGUAUAUGGUAAAAGACGAUACUUCACAAGUUUGUUUGGCACUUGCGAGUCUUUCUGAUGAAAAUGACAUGGCCAUCAUUGGGAAUUAUCAGCAAAGGAAUCAGAGGGUAAUAUAUGAUGCCAAACAGUCCAAAAUUGGAUUUGCAGUGGAGGAAUGCAGUUUCACAUAA